AUGGUCGACUUUGUCGAGAUCAAUAAUGCCAAGCUGGCGUACCAGCUCUGCGGACCGGACCACGCUCCCUUGAUCAUUACCCUCCAUGGCGGGAGAGGCUUUGGCGAUCACAGGUCUGAUUACAAGGCUUACAGUCCGCUGUGCGACAAGUACCGUGUCCUGUCGUUUGACUAUAGAGGCCACGGCAAGAGCUCACCAACCAAGCCUUACACCUUUGACCAGAUCGUCGACGACAUCGAGGCCAUCCGUGCAAAGUUUGCCGGAUCAGAAAAAGCAAUCAUAUGUGGAGGUAGCUUUGGCGGCUUCCUCGCUCAGCACUACGCGAUCAAGUAUCCGGACAACCUGUCACAUCUCAUCCUCCGGGGUACUGCACCCUCAUAUCACCAGGAGGAAGAUGCUAUCAAGGUCUUGGAGCAAAGAGUUCACAAAGCCCCGAGCUUCUCGGUGGAGAUGCUGAAAGAAAAGGUCUUUGGGGCAUUCCAAAGCGAUCUCGAGUUUCAGUUGGUGCAUCUGGCUAUGAUGCCUCUGUAUAGCGAAAUCUUUGACGCAAACGCCGCGCUCGCAAGCUGUUUAAACAACAUGUACAAUGCGGAGUCUCAUAAUGACCUGUACAAUGAGGAGCAAAAGUACUUUGACUACAGGGAGAAGCUUCCCUUGAUCAAGGCCAAGACACUCGUGGUCGUUGGCUCGGAGGACUGGAUCUGCCCCGUUCAGCACUCCGAAUACAUUGCUGCCAAGAUACCUGGAGCCGAGCUUUUCGUGGUCAAGGAGGCAAACCACAGUGUUCAUUUGGAGAAGAACGCCGAAGUGCUUACCAGGAUCCGGAGCCAUCUAUCAACAUAG